AUGAGUAUUUAUGUGACAAUUAUGGGUUGCGCACAACCAUCGAAAAGUAUUAUGCCAUCUAAUCAUAUUCCUAUUGAACGAUUAUAUGAUAACGGAGGUUAUCCAAUAAUGAAAACUCCACCUAUUAUUAUGAUUACUGCACCACCUACACCAUCUUUUGUAAAAAGUGCAUUAAAAAGAACUGAUCCUGAUGAAAAACGAAGGACAGAGAGACAUAUGUUUUCAAGACAAAAGCCAUUAUCAACCUUAAAAUCAGUGAAUUUUGACGAGAAAGUUUUAGUUAAAGCACGUACACCUACACCAAGUAAAAUAUGGUAUGAAAAAUCAUCAUCAACUAUGCCAAUGAGACUGAAUCCAUCUAAUGAUGAUGAUGAAGAUGAUGAUUAUGAUUAUGAUGACGACGAAGUUUUAUCAGAUGAGGAACAAAAAAGUAAUGAACAAAUGGGCACUGAAUCAUACAUACCAAGAUUAGGAACUCCAGCUUCAUUAAUACGAAGAAAUCAAGCAAAUCCCUUUUGGCAUAAAACUAAUACAGUAGGACUUAUGUCUUCAACAGAUUCAACACGAAACAAUGAAUCUUUUCCAUUCAAUGCACAACAACAUGCUUCUCAACUGAAUACAAAUACAAGAGAAAAUCCAAGUGCUUCACCAGGAAAUCGUAUAAAAGUACGACGAAGACUACCUCAAUUUGGUCCAUCACAAAUUUCACCCGAUUCUUCAAAUGAACAUCCUCAACAACCAUCAACCGUUCUUCUUCCACAAUCUCCUAGACUACUUACAGCCGCUCCACUUCGUCAAUCUCUUCGACGACCUUCAGUUGUUCUUCUUCGUCAAACACCUCGACAACCUUCAGCUGUUCUUCUUCCUCAAGCUUCUCGACAACUUUCAGCUAUUCCUCUUCAUCAGUCUUCUGCACAACCUACAGCAGUUUCUGCUUAUCUGAUUCCUGCACAAACUUCCAUUGGUCAUCCUUAUCAAUCUCCAGCACAACCUCGAACUGUUCUAUCUUAUCAAUCGUCUGUACAACCUCGAACUAUUCUAUCAUAUCAGUCUUCUGUACAACCAUCUUCUGAAACUGUUCUUGUGAAACAGGCGAUACCAAAUGCAAAUAGUACACUUAAUCAACAUCAACCUACAUUAACUAAAAGUGAAUAA